GGUGGUGGUGGUAGUGGUAGUGUAGGUGGUGCUAGUGGUGAUGGCGUUAGAGGUAGCGAUGCUGGUGGUACAGUUGUUGGUGAUAAAGUCGAAAAAGAGUUGCUCGCGCCAUAUAUUGGACAGAAGCGAAGACUUAGCAGUGAAGAAUUUUUAGCGGUGUUGUGUGUUGAAUGAGACACCAGUGAAAAGAGGCCGCAGCAUAUUCUGCUGCCGUCUGUUGUUGUAUUCCCGGAUGUCGCCUGGUGGCAAUGGCUUCGAUUGUUGUUAUGUAAUACCUACACUGUCAAGAUGACGGAAAAAGAAUGUAAUUGGAAACUAUGCGGUUCUGUGUUCUUUGUUUUCACACUUGGCCUAAUUGUAGGCUUUGUGACAUUUUCAAUUCUGUCAGUGAUCGAGUUAAAGCGAUUACGUGCUGAAGUGUGUAACGAAGGUCUUGCCAGUUAUAUAAUCGCUAAUCCAGAGAAACCUGUAAUAUUUGCGGAUUUAUCACCCAAAGAAAUACGUUCAGUAUUCGAUUACGUUAAAAACCAGUCCGAUUUAAAUAUCGUGCAUCCAGAGAAAGUCAACAGUAUUAAUGUUAGUUACGUGAAUAAUAUCGAAUUAAUGUUACCCAAGAAAUCUGAAGUUGUUGCUUAUUUAGAAGGUAGGGCUGGACAGCCGCAAAGAAACGCUAAAGUUGUUAUCUUUCGUGGAGACAAAAGAAAACCUGUUGUUGAAGAGUAUAAUGUUGGUCCCCUACCUGAGCCGACACAGCAUACCUUACAAACAACAGUCCCAUUUUCUUUUAGACCUGCUAGCGAGACAGAGUGGCUCGUUGAAAACGACCGAUUUAUUUAUAUAUUAGAACGAGAUUUGGGUAGAAUAAUGAGAGAAAGUUACGGUUCUUCUUUGUUAAACUGUGGAGCCCGAUGCCUGACAUUCUAUUUGGCAACACCUGUUUCUUCUACCAUUACCAGAACCGAAGAAAGACUGAAGUGGAUCAUGCUUUCCUAUCAGAUGGAAUAUUCUUCUCUCUACCCUUUGGACAUGAAUAUUUUAUUGGAUUUAACAGGGAACAAUCCGACGGAUUUCUCAAUAAAGGCAAUUUGGUACGAAGGGCAACUGUUCAAAACUAUCACAGAAUUUGUUGACCGUUAUCAAAACGAUCCAUCUGUUAAAAAAGUGCGGAGGAAAUUUCCUGUUAAGAAUGGAAACUUAUUUUCUACAGCAAAUUUACGAGGCGAAACCUUUCCAACUACAGGUCAACGCCGUGUUUACCAAACAGAGCCAGACGGUAAAAGGUACCGGAUUGUUGGGUCAGAAAUUGAAUAUAUGAAAUGGAAAUUUAUCUAUAGACUAUCCCCAGUUACAGGGCCUCAAUUAUUUAAUAUACGCUAUCAGGAAGAACGAAUUAUCUAUGAACUUAGUCUCCAAGAAGUAGCUGUCCAUUAUUCAGGACAAAAUCCAGGAACAAUGCUUGCCAAUUAUUAUGAUAGCUUUGCUAUGUACGGCAGAACAAAUAACGGUCUGAUACCAGGUGCCGAUUGUCCAGAACAUUCUUUGAUGAUCCCAACUUACUAUUUUUCUGAACGAAGUAAAGACAUAGUUGAAAAGAACCCAUUUUCAAUCUGUGUUUUCGAACAAAACACUGGGAUUCCUCUGCGACGGCACCAUUCUUCAACAAAACGAUCUGGAAGAUUCUAUACAGGAAUGAUGGAUGAUGUUUUAGUCUUUCGAACAAUCACAACUGUGAUCAACCGCGAUUAUAUUUUUGACUUUGUUUUCCACCAGAACGGGGCAGUGGAAGUUCGUAGCAUCCCCACAGGUUAUAUAAUGGGGACCUACCCUAAAAGCGAUGAAAAACGUUACGGUAAUCACCUCCAUAAACACUUACACGGAAAUAUUCACCAGUAUUUAUUCAAUUACCGAAUUGAUAUAGACAUCAAAGGGAUCAAAAAUCGAUUUGAAAUGUUAAAUAUUGAAGGUGAUAAAACUGACAACCGAAAAUGGGGAGGUGAAAAAUAUUAUUAUCAAAAUAAAUUUAGGAGAAAACUUGUUUCUACAGAAAAGGAAGCUGCGUACAAAUUUGACUUUUCUAGACCGAAAUAUUUAGUCUUUAGCAACGACAAAUUUAGAACCGAACAAGGUAUUCCUAGAUCAUAUAGAAUCCAAAUUAAUUCAAUGAGCAAAGAAUUAUUACCCCUUGAUCGCGGCACUGAACGAAGUCGAUCCUGGAGUCGAUACCAAUUAGCAGUAACUGUCCAUAAAGACAAUGAGACUCGUAGCAGUUCUGAAUAUGUAACGUAUGAUGGCCUGAGACCACUUGUUGACUUUCAGAAAUAUAUUGAUGAUGACGAGAGCAUAGUUGAUCAGGAUUUGGUAGUUUGGGUAACCCUUGGAUCUUACCGAAUUCCACACAUGGAGGAUUUACCGGUGAUACCGACAGUCGGAGAACAUCACAGCUUCUUUCUGCUACCGUUUAAUUAUUUCAAUGAAGAUCCCUCCGUAGGAUCCAGAAACGCGAUUCGUAUGGAAAGGCUCGACGACGGGGAACUAAAAAUCCAACGUUACGGAGUGUCAAACAAACAACAAUGUGUUCCUAAAUCAUCUAAAUUCGAUGACCUUGUAACUAGAAACCCUAAUUUGAUGUUUGGUGCGUAAGAAACACUUCACUUUUCUUUGUGUAUGUGUGUGUGUAUAAGCGUGUAUGUAUGUGAGUGUAAGCGUGUAUGUAUGUGUGUGUGAUUUCCUUCUAAGCUAAGCCUCGAACAGCCCUUGGAUCAACAUCAGUCUAAUACCAAGAACUUCCUACUUCACAUUUCUGUUGUCAUAUAUCUACCGAUACACACAUACAGUGAGUGAAGGCGGUGAGCUGGCAGAAUCGUUAGCACGCCGGGCGAAAUGCUUUGUGGUAUUUCGUCUUCUGCUGCGUUUUGAGUUCAAAUUCCGCCGAGGUCGACUUUACCU